AUGGAAGACUUACCUGUACAUGUGAUGGUCGAUAUUCUCUCAAGACUCCCUGUGAAGACAAUCAUCCACUGCAAGUCUGUAUGCAAGAAGUUGCUGGAUCUCGUUUCCGACUCUUACUUUGUCAAUCUUCACCUCUCCAGAUCACCCGUAGGCCUCAUGAUCUACCAUUACUCGGAAAAAGAAUUGAUGGGUCACCUGAAAAUGCGUGUUUUGAAGUGGGUGGAGGUCAAAGACGAAGUCAAUCACCACAAUUUACACCACGACCCUGUCAUGAGCCUUGACCUUAACCUUUCACCCAUUUUCCAAGACUCUCAAAUACUCCUAAUGGGCUCAGUCAACGGCUUGAUCUGCUUGUGGCAGGUUUGUGCUAAAAUUGAUAACAUUUACAUAUGCAAUCCAAUCACAAGAGAGUACAUGAUCCUCCCUAGACAACAAUACCAUGGAAAAGGGUAUGCUAUAAAUGUUCAUUGUUUUGGUGUCAGUUUACUCUCACAUGAAUACAAAGUCAUACGGAUCUUCCAAAGGGUAUUAAUAUUACCCCUAAAUCCAACCUCAUCAUUAUCAUCAUCAUCUCAGCCGAGUUUAUUGGAAGCUGAGGUUUACACUUUAGGCACUGGUCAAUGGAGAAGCCUUGGUCAUGUCCCGUAUAAGAUUAAUGGAUUCCAUGGACCAUAUCUAAACGGCCAUGCUCAUUGGUCGAUUGUUGUUGAUCAGGAUUCACUUGAAGAGAUUUAUGCUUUUGAUUUUGACAAGGAGACAUUUAAGUUGUUCCCAUCUCCUCCUGUUGAAACUAUACAAGGAAGUCGAUUCCAUUUCCGAACUUUAGCAGUUCUUAAAGGUUGUUUAUGUCAAUCGGAUACCUUUGAUUCUCAAUUCACGAUGUGGGUGAUGAAGGAAUAUGGGGUCAAGAAAUCUUGGGAAAAAGAAGUGAUUAUCAAGAAAAGUAUUAGCCCCAGUAUUGAUUGGUUGAUGUCGGGACCUAUCUAUCCUAUUGAGCGUUUAAAUGAUGGAACAAUUUUCAUGGUCUAUUAUCAAGACAAAUUGUUGAUAUAUUCUCCAAAGGGAAGAACAAUUGCAAAUUCCGAACUUUUUGACAACUGUGUAUCUGGAAUGCCUUAUUGUCCUAGCUUUCUUAAGCUCCAGAACUUUGAAUCAGAGAGAGUUUAUGUGUUUUAG